AUGGAGGAUGUACUCUCACGUGCAUGGGCUCAAAUUAAAUGGGAAGAAGACUUGGCUUAUCGCCAACAGCGUUCACCACAGUUUGAUUCCCGCGUGGUGAGAAACGAAACAUCGAGUAGGGAUGACAAGCCUUACCAAAGACCUAAGGACGAGAAUGUUAAGGGUGGAAGAAGGAACACACACCGACCAUUGAGUGGAGCAGACGACAUGAAACCUAGAUCAUCAACAUGGCCAGAUAUCAAUAACCUUUCAAUCUUGCAUGCACAUUUGGUCGGUGUAUUGAAGGAAAUGGGUGGAACCGUGAGGUGGUCUCCACAGAUGAAAGCACCUGACAACAAACUUGGCACCUCAAAGUGGUGUGAAUUCCACAAUGAUCACGACCACAUGACAGAAGAUUGCAUCACAUUGAGGAUGGAAGUGAAUGAAUUAUUGAAAAAAGGAUACUUGAGAGAAUAUUUUUCUGACAAAACCCGAAAUCGAUUGGAUAGUGAAAGCAACAAACAAGUCGCAAUUACCAACGGUCCGGUUUCACCUCCAAAACAUGAUCGAGUUAUCAAUGUUAUCUUUAGAGGAUCAGAAAUAAGCGGGAUAACUCAUUCAGCUGCAAAGAGAAACACUAGAGCUGUCAAAAACACACAAAGCAAAGGGCAAGCUAUGCAAGGCGACAUGCCAGCGUGCACAAUAACUUUUGCAAUGAGUGAGAGUAGCGUAUCAACCCCGCAUCACGAUGCGUUAGUCAUACAAUUGACAGUGACUAAUUUCCUGAUGAAGAGGAUACUAAUCAACAAUGGAAGCUCAACCAACAUCCUUUAUAUGCAAGCAUAUAAAGAGUUGGGUCUCGACGAAGAAGGAUUGAGACGAAAAUCUAUCCAAUUAGUGGGAUUCAGCGGCGAGGUCAAGCAGAGUGUUGGUUAA